UGGCUUCCGAUUUCUUAGACUAUAGAGAUGAUUGGCACCAUUCUGGUCUCCAAUCAGCUGUAUGGUCAGCUGGCAGAAAUACCGACUGUAUUCUCAGGUUCCCCCAAUGGCACAGGACUGCCCGGGAAGGCCAUGGAAGGCAGCGGGGGCAUCUUCUGUCGAUGCUUGUAACUGCAGCUGUAGGCAUCAUCCUGGUAUAACCACUCAAAGUCCAGUGAUGUACCAGUAUGUCGCUGGUCCUUGUUGGGUGUAUAUGCUAUGUUCUUUUUUUAUAUGCAGCCUGUGG